UCUAAGACUUAUUUAUUAAUAAUAGCUACCUUUUAUUUUAUUUAUUUUUAGUAGCUUAAAUUAAUUUCAAAAUUACCAGUUGUAACUGAUCUACAAGCCGUCUGUAUUUCCCCUAAACUUACGGCCCAUGUUUCCCAAUAACUCCCAAUCUCUUCUCUUUUCAAAUUAAUUUCUCUCCCAUCUUCAAUAUGUUCAACCGUAUUAUACACCCAUUAUCUAUCAUCAUUAUUAGCAUGAUUCCAUCUUCCUUAAUCGUUACCCACACAGUAUAGGUAACGAAUUUCGAUAAUUUAUUAGAAUAUUUUUACUUUCUUUGUUGUAUUUCUCUAUAUUUAUUCUUAUAUUUUCAUCGUUUUCUUUGUUUCUUUUCAUUCCUUUUUUUUUUUUUUUUUUCUCGUUUUCAGCCAUUGUUAGAGUGUUUAAAACAAGAUCCAAUUCUCCAUUUUAAUGGCGGAAAGAGAUACUCCAAGCAGUAAUACUCGAGGAGAAUCUGCUAAAAUUGCUGCUGAGAGAAGAAGCAAGAAGAUACAUGACCCAUCAAGGAUGCGUCAACUUCAACCAACUGAAGUUGCAAAACCGAGCAAGCGAAAAGAUGAUGUAUCAGUCAAAAAAGGUUCUAAAGUUGCUCAACAAAAUAAGAGAAAAGUAACCAAGCCUUUUUCCGAUGUUAAGGGUAAAAAGGUUGUUAAAGAUGUAGAUCUGGAAGAGGAUGAACAGGAAACUAAAUUCUAUGUUAAGAGUCAUCCUGAAGAGUCUCCAUCGAUGCAACGGUACACGAAUAUCGAGGUGUUCAAAGAUCUCAAGAGUAAGCUAUAA